AAUUAUCUUGCCUUAAGAAGAAAGUGACUGCCAUACACAAUUUAUGAUCUGUUGAUCAUUGUCGUACGUUGUGAAAAUAUACACACAUACAAAGCAUGUGAGGGUAAAUACUUCCUCCUUUUUUUCUCUCUUUUUGCGCGUGUGUGUGUGUAUGUAUAAUAUCGCAUAAUUUCACUUUUUCUACUUUUUUUUUCUUUUUCUCGUUUUAUAAAAUGUCUACUUUAACCACUACGCAACAUUUAGUUCCCCGCCAUCCUACAGCAAUCAAUAAGACGAGCACAGAAUACAAAAACAAUGUUGAGCAGUGGCAAGAGUUAAUUCUACAGAAGAAGGAAAAGCCAAACACAUUGCUCUUCAUAAAAAGCGUGGCCAAAUCUCGUGAACGUAUUGAAUUGUUGCUUGAUGAAGAUUCACCUUUCUUGGAGUUAUGUGCACUUGCUGGUUAUGAUCAAGACGACCAAACAUUGGAAUUAAUCUUAAUUCUCAGUGGUGUUUUGUGCUUAGUUUCUGCCCAUGUUGCUACAAUGGCAGGUGGUGCAAUGAAUGAAACAUCCGCUUUAAAAGGGAGUCGUCUUCAUCAAAUUGCUAUGCAAAAUAGAUUACCUACCAUCACUUUUGUUCAAUCUGCAGGUGCUAAUUUGCAACAGCAAUUCCGUGUCUUUCAUCGAGGCGGUGCUGGUUUCCGUAAUCAAGCUAUACUUUCAAAAGCAGGCAUACCUUCCUGUUGUGUUGUUUUUGGCAGCUCAACAGCUGGUGGUGCUUAUACGCCAGGCAUGAGUGAUUAUGUGAUCAUGAUCAAGAAACAAGCACAAGUAUUCUUGGGCGGUCCUCCUUUGGUUCAAAUGGCUACAGGUGAAGUCACUGAUCCUGAAAGUCUUGGUGGUGCUGAUAUGCAUUCCCGUAUCUCUGGUGUAAGUGACCAAUUGGCCGAUAAUGAACUUGAUGGGAUCAGAAAAGCGCGUGAAUGGAUUGCUAAUUUGAAUUGGGAACAAAAAGGCAGUUUGCCUAGACGACAUAUAGAAGGUCAAUACGAAGAGCCUUACUAUUCAGCUGAGGAGUUACUUGGUAUUGUUUCGGCUAAUAUUCGUAUUCCUUUUGAUGCUACCGAAGUCAUUAUUCGUAUCGUAGAUGGCUCGCGUUUUACUCCCUUUAAGCCUAAUUAUGGCGGUAAUUUAGUUUGUGGCUGGGCGUUUAUUCACGGUAUUCCUGUUGGCAUUCUUGCCAAUAACAAUGUCAUUUUCACUCAAGAAGCAAACAAAGCAACUCAGUUCAUUCAGCUUUGUAAUACAAAGAAUACACCCUUAAUCUAUUUGCAGAACAUUACGGGCUUUAUGGUUGGAAAACGAUAUGAAGAAGAAGGCAUCAUCAAAGCUGGUUCUCGUUUCAUUAAUGCUGUGAGUAAUUCACAAGUACCCGCUAUUACUAUUAUGAUGGGAGCAAGUUAUGGUGCUGGCAAUUAUGCCAUGUGUGGUAGAGCAUAUGAACCAAGAUUUCUUUUCUCUUGGCCUAAUUCGAAAUGUUCUGUCAUGGGAGCAGAACAAUUGACUGGUGUUCUUGAUCUUGUUAUGCGUCAAGGUGCAGCAAGAAUAAAUCAAGAGAUUGAUGAAGAGAUGGCUAAUCAAAGAAAGGCUAUGUUUCAAGCAUCUGUAGAAGCUGAAUCUGAUGCCUACUACACUUCUUCUCGUCUUUUAGAUGAUGGCAUUAUUGAUCCUAGAGACACUCGUACUGUGAUUGGCUUUUGUCUUGCUGCUAUUUAUAAUAACAAGGUAGAAGGUGGCAAUCUUUAUGGUGUUAGCCGUAUGUAAAGAAGAAAAAAGAAAGAGAGGUAUAUCGUGCAUAUAGUGUUUUAUUAUCGAUACUAUGUUAAGAAAGUACUACUGUACACAAUCAAUCGCUCGCUGUCUUUCUAUUCCAACGAUGAAUA